UUUUGGAUUUAUUUUCGUUUGACAGCCCUUUUUUAACGGAUAAUGAAUGCUAGUUAUUUCAUUAUUUAUUACAUUUGAUUAUUUGCAAAUUUCUCAUUGCCAAAUAUUUAUCAGUCACUGAUGGUCCUGUCUGUCCACAUUAAGGCCAACAUUUUUGAUGGCUGACUGAUAUAAUGCAUUUUCAUACAGUGAAUAUGGUAAUGGAUUGUGCUUAUUUCAUUUUGAAUUUAAAAUAUAUUAUGAGGGUUUUCUAAAAUGUUUUCAAGGCAGUUUUAAUGUUACCUUAUGUAACAAAAAAGGUAACAUUUGUUAUAAUAAAACUCAAUACCUGUGCUAAAAGUGUCUGAAGAAACAGCCUUGUAUUAUAUCAUUUGUUUAGUGGAAGUGGCUCGCUGUCGUCAUACUGACACCCUGCUAAACAGCCCCGCUGUUCUGUCUUCACUCAACACAGAUUUACCGGGUGGAGCUUGACAAAGUUUUGACAGGCCGUUUUUCUGGGAACCUAAGCUAAUUACAAGAUCAAAGACCGCAACAAGAAAGAGAGCGGCAUCAACACUGGAAAGAUAAGUGUGAAAGUUGACAGAGUGACAAUAAGUCAGAGGAAAACAACAAAUCAUUCAGGAAAAAGCAGAUUCAAUGUACAGGCGUUCAGACGUAGAUGAGCACUCAUCUGAGGCGAGACAGUACAUGUUUAAGGGUUUAGGAACAGGAAGCUUUCACGCUAAGGAUGAGAAUUGUGAACUUAUGGGCAAUAAUGACGGUCUGUUAGAGAACAGCAAAAUUAAGAACAAGCUAACUGAGAGUGAGCUGUCGGCUCUCGAUGAUCAACCAUCAGGCAACAAUAACCCGAAGGGGAAAGCUGCUGUUUUCAGCCGGUUGUUUAAAAGAACGCCUAAAAAGUGGACGAGUCACCCAGUGCAAGAGGAAAAACCAUUACAACACGGAGAAUCAUUACAACACGGAGAACUCUCAGCCCACAAUCACAACCAAACACAAAACAACAACACCAAGGAAGAACCAGCAUUGAAAAGUGAUGAUUUUCCAGGCAGUGACAGUCUUGUAAGCUUUAAUGUCACUGAGGAGGAAAAUUCCCUGUUUCAUUUUCUCAAAACAUCUCCUAGAGGAACUGGGGAUACUUAUGAAGAGGACAGCCCACCAUUACACAUUAAACUGCUGGCCAGUAAUGGCAAUCUCUUAUAUCUCUCUAACAACAACUUAAAGGAUAACUCAGGGAAGCAAAGUAGCACUUUCCGCAGUUCCCCAAAACCAGCAUUACGUUUUCCUGCUGAAACGGAUCCGCUAAAUGAGCAUAGUGAAUUUACAGACUGGGAUUAUACGUUCUUGGACACUGGCAUUGAAAAGAAAUCUAUUGCAGUGCCCAGAAAAUGUCAUGAUGAGAAAUUCUCUAACAGUAAUAACAAGGUUGUGUCAUUUAGAGUGAAGAGAACUCUACCUAGAAUGUCCACGUUUUCAUCCAGUACGCAGGGUUCAGAUCAAGAAGAUAUGAUUGAGGAGCCUAUGGAAAUGCAGCAACUGGAGACAAAUGAGGACUGUACUUUUGAAAUCCUGCCAGUGGAGAUGGCUGCCUACCCAACAGAUUUAAAUUCUUUAGAGACAGAUGCGGAUGAUGACCUGAUGGACUGGUGGAAAACUGUUGCGGGUUGGAGUGAAUGGAAUAAAACAGCAAAUUUUCAGGAGGAAGACGAGAAGCUGGCUGUCGAGGCUGCUGCAGACCGUGUGUUCAUGGCGGCCCGUCUCUUCGUCAGCCUGUUCAACCAACGUGGAGCUUCUCUGCAACGUUGCAUUUUAGAGUUGCUUGCUCUGGCGGAGACUGCUGACAGCUUCCAUAAGAAGACCGUGAGCGCAGCUGUGGGAGGGGGCGUAGCUAGUGUGGCAGGGGGCAUAGCCACCAUUACUGGCCUCAUCCUGGCACCCUUCACCUUUGGCACUUCCACUAUCGUCACUGCAGUGGGUAUCAGUGUGGCAACAGCUGGAAGCAUCACCUCAGCCACAGCUAAUAUCACGGAUGCUGUUCAGUCCAAGUUGGAUCGCAAGAAGGUGGAGAAGUUGAUCCAAGGCUACCAGAAUGAGAUCAGUGACAUCAGAGAUUGUCUGGAGUUCAUGCAAGAAGGAAUGAACACCCUGCAGGAAUGGGAUUUUAAGGGGUACUCUGAGAGUGUGGUCAACACAAGUCUUAGCCGUAACAUAAAGCAUGUAAUGAAGGAAGGCGGACGAGCAGGUAAAGCCCUUAUGAUAAACACUGAUAGGCUUAUCAACACUGUGAAAGUUCUAGGUGUUGCAGGAGGUGCUGCCAAAGCCGCCAAGGCCAUCAGUAUCACCACGGGGGUCAUGUCCACUCUCUUCCUCGCCCUGGAUGUCUUCUUUCUUGCCAAAGACUCCAGUGAACUUCACAAAGGUGCCAAGACCAAAUUUGCCUCCAAGAUCCGGGAAGUCUGCAAAGAGCUUCAACAUGGCCUACUAGAACUAAACAAAGUGAAGACUCAGCUUCAAAAGACCAUGGAUGGAAUUGAAGUGGAAGAAUAUGAGGAAGAGGAGGAGGAUGAAGACCGAUGUGAGUCAGAUCCUGUUAAACUAGCUCUGCUUGAGCAAGAAAUUGAUCAGUUGGAGGAUACAUUUGACCAGAAAACUAUGCAGCAGCAAAUGCAAAAGAGGAGAUUCUGAGAAAGAGACCCCAAAAAAGAAAUAAAAUGAGGAGUCAAAGAGACAAGUCAAUGAGCUAACAUAUAGAAACAACAAAAGCACUAAAUUCAAAGAUUUGAAAGAAAAAAGGGAGAGUGGGAAGAAACAAAAAUGAAGAGGAAUAAUGCAUUUUAUUUGAAAAGACUUGGAGUGAUUUAGAAUAUAGAAAAAAGAAGACUUUACACAGAUGUUAAGGGGCUGAUUCUAAGAAGAAUUGAACACUUCUGGGUUAAAGAGACAGAAAGAAAAGAAUUAAAAUGAAAGCAAGGGGGAUAAGAAGCCAAUAAACACUCAUGUGUUAUUCAGGAAAAUCAAAGUGACAGAGUAUAUACUUAGAAGUAAGAGGGAGCAAAAAGAAAGACGACUAGAUUUGCAUUUCUUCAAAUAAAUACCAUUGGAUGGAAGGCAGCUCAUGAUUCAUGUUAAAGUUUUAAGUAAGACUAUAGGUUUCAGGUUUUAAUUCUAUAUAAAUCAAAUGCUGCAUCAGAAAUCAUAUUUUCUGUAUGCUACACGUUCAACCUAGAUUCUUGUUGUAAUUCAACUUAAAUUGUUAAAUAUAUGAUAAUCACAAUUAAGUUAAAUUCAAAAUGAAUUUUUUGUGAUUGUAGGUUUAAAACAAACCACGAACUUUGAUAUUUAAGGUACAGUUCAGUCUUGUAAGCAUUGUAAAUAAAUUCAUGAGAAUAUGUGUGAAAAAGCAGACAACUGUAAAAAUGUGAAGGGCUAACAGUUAAGUCAAAAACUUAACCCUCAACCUGUUUUCCACGACCUAUAGUCUAUAAUUAAGAUUUUCACAAUUGGCUAGUGUGGUUUACAACACAAAAAAUCAGUUUGUUUCAGUUCCUGCAGCAUUAUAUCCAGAAAGCAUUAUUUUGUAGCUAAAAAGGCAUCUGGAUUUAUUUUCUUUAUGAGUGUGGAAAUGAGCAGUUAUUGGAGCUAGUUCAUGUGUUACAACACAUGAAUCUUUGGGGUAUGUGCAGGUAACACAAGUUUGAAUUAUGAUCUUAUUUCGUCUUCUCUGCCCACUAAAUAAAAAUGGCAA